AUGUUGAUGUCCGGGGGAGGAGAGACUCAGUCAGUGUGUGUUGGUGUGUAGAGGUGAGGGUACGGCGAAAAAAAUCCAGCCGCUGGAGGACUUUUCUCUACUGGUAAAACUACUUUAUUUUUUUUUUUUUAAACUAAGCCCAUAACAAGGAUAAGACAAGGAGGACACUCGCGAAAAUGCGAGAAGAAAUCCAGGAAGAGAGUGUCUGCUUAUUAAAAAUUCAGCGCGGGAGAACAGACAUUAUCGCCCCUUCAGAUGACUUGUGGCAGCACCGAGGAUAAACUACAACACUAACGGGCUUCAAACAUUGUUGAAUGGGGUGAGACGAAGCGGAAUUGUGUCUAAAGAGCGAGUCCAAAGCAUUUCCAAGCGGCCAAAACCAAAGGGAAGGGGAGGAGAGAAAACGCCCUGCUGCCUGCCGCCUGUUGCUGGUCUCUCCACAUUCAAACUUUAUCGCCGAGUUGGAAAAUGCAUCUUUCACUUAACGGGAAGGGAUAAUUCAAGUGUAACGUUAGCUUUAUUAGCUGAAAACCCAGACAGCUAGCAAACUGAAGGCCCGCUCACUUGUCAAGUUUUGGGACACGGGGAGUCUCCGCUUUGGGAAUAUUUUCUCUUCGUUGUGCACACUAUUCCUGUUGGAAGCGAUUUGGGUGGGCUGAGAGCCCAAGGCUGCUCCGCUAGGCCCACGGCCAUUAGCCAGGAACAAAGAGGUUUCGCAUGUAAACUUGAAACAGUUUGGAAAAGCUCUACAUAUUUUACUCAACUUUUAACGACCGACGUUGCAGCCAUGUCGCUCGGCGCAGAGAGGAGGAUGGAAACCCGGCUGAAAAAGCUGGAGGACAUGAUCAGAGAACCCAGAUCUGCCAUAAACCUGGAAAGUUUGCUGGACUCCAUAAACGCCCUGGUCUUAGACUUGGACUACCCUGCACUACGCAAGAACAAAAACAUCGAAACCUUCUUAAACAGAUAUGAGAAAGUCAUAGCACAGACUCGAGACCUCCAGAUGAAGUCGGAAGACUUCGACAGAGUUAAAGUCAUCGGUCGAGGGGCAUUUGGGGAAGUUCAACUAGUCCGGCACAAAGCCUCUCAGAAGGUCUACGCCAUGAAGCUGCUGAGCAAGUUUGAGAUGAUCAAGCGCUCAGACUCAGCUUUCUUCUGGGAAGAGAGGGACAUCAUGGCCUUUGCCAACAGCCCCUGGGUUGUGCAGUUAUGCUGUGCCUUCCAAGAUGAGCACUACCUCUACAUGGUGAUGGAGUACAUGCCAGGGGGUGACCUGGUCAACCUCACCAGCACCUAUGACGUGCCGGAGAAAUGGGCCAAGUUCUACACAGCUGAGGUGGUGAUGGCCCUGGAUGCCAUUCACUCCAUGGGCUUCAUCCAUCGGGACGUCAAGCCGGACAACAUGCUGCUGGAUAGACUGGGACACCUCAAACUGGCCGACUUCGGCACGUGCAUGAAGAUGGACUCUACCGGCAUGGUGCACUGUGAUACAGCUGUCGGGACUCCAGACUACAUCUCUCCAGAGGUGCUGAAAUCUCAAGGAGGAGACGGGUAUUAUGGGAGAGAGUGUGACUGGUGGUCCGUAGGGGUCUUCAUCUUUGAGAUGCUUGUCGGUGACACACCAUUCUACGCUGACUCUCUGGUGGGAACCUACAGUAAGAUCAUGGACCAUAAAAACUCCCUCAACUUCCCUGAUGAUGUGGAGAUCUCCAAAGAUGCCAAGAAUAUCAUCUGUGCCUUCCUGACUGACAGGGAGGUGCGAUUGGGCAGAAAUGGCGUGGAGGAAAUCAAGCGACACCCUUUCUUCAAGAACGACCAGUGGACCUUCGACACCAUCAGAGACACUGCUGCCCCCGUGGUCCCAGAGCUGAGCAGUGACAUAGACACAAGUAAUUUUGAUGAGAUUGAAGAUGACAAAGGCGAUGUAGAAACGUUCCCCACACCUAAGGCCUUUGUUGGAAACCAGUUACCCUUUGUUGGCUUCACUUACUUCAAAGAAGACCAGUUACUAAAUGGUUCCAACAAUAUCUUGGUGGCUCAUGAUAAUUCAAAAGGAGAGUCAGCAGCACUGCAGAAGAAAAUGCGCCAAAUAGAGGUACAGCUGAAUAAUGAGAAGCAGGCGAAAUCUGAUUUAGAGCACAAACACAGAGCUGCCACUAGUCGUCUUGACAAAAUCUCCAAAGAACUUGAGGAAGAGGUGAGCAGCAGAAAGAAUCUGGAGUCGAGUCUGAGGCAGCUAGAGAGAGAGAAAGCCCUGCUGCAGCACAAGAGCCUAGAGAGCCACCGCAAGGCCGAGAGCGAGGCCGACAGGAAGCGUGGCUUGGAGAAUGAAGUCAACAGCCUUCGAGACCAGCUGGAUGACAUGAAGAGGAGAAACCAGAAUUCGCACAUUUCCAAUGAGAAGAACAUUCACCUGCAGAAACAGCUGGAAGAAGCCAACACAUUGUUACGGGCCGAGUCUGAGGCGGCGACGAGGCUCCGAAAAACCCAGGCGGACAGCAGCAAGCAGCUGCAGCAGCUGGAGGCCAACGUGCGCGAGCUGCAGGACAAAUGCUGCCUGCUGGAACGCAGCAAGCUGAGCCUGGAGAAGGAAUGCAUCAGCCUGCAGGCCGCACUGGAGACGGAGAGGAGGGAGCACAGCCAGGGCUCAGAGACCAUCAGCGACCUGAUGGGACGAAUCUCCGGCCUGGAGGAGGAGGUCCGCCAGCAGAGACAAGCUCUGGCCAAAGCUGAGACUGAGAAGAGACAGCUUCAGGAAAAACACACCGAUCUGGAGAAGGAGAAGAGCAACAAGGAGAUUGAUUUGACCUACAAGCUGAAGGUGCUGCAGCAGGAGCUGGAGCAGGAGGAGACGGCUCAUAGGAGCACCAGGGCACUGCUGGCAGACAAGAGCAAGAUCAAAGUAACCAUUGAGGGCGCCAAGUCAGAGUCCAUGAAGGAGUUGGAACAGAAGCUGGUGGAGGAGCGAACGGCAAAACUUCGGCUGGAGAACCGAAUACUGGAUCUGGAGAAGCACAGCAGCAUGAUGGACUGUGACUAUAAACAGGCUCUGCAGAAACUAGAUGAGCUGCGCAGACACAAGGACCGGCUAACUGAAGAGGUGAAAAACCUAACGCUUAAGAUCGAGCAGGAGACCCAGAAGCGUAACCUGACUCAGAACGACCUGAAGGCCCAGAACCAGCAGCUCAGUUCUCUGCGAACCUCUGAAAAGCAACUCAAGCAGGAAACGAAUCAUCUGCUCGACAUUAAACGCAGCCUUGAGAAACAGAACCAAGAGCUGCGCAAAGAAAGACAGGACACAGACGGGCAAAUGAAGGAAUUACAGGACCAGUUAGAAGCUGAACAGUAUUUCUCUACGCUGUAUAAGACCCAGGUUCGUGAACUAAAGGAGGAGUGUGAGGAGAGGAACAAACUCUACAAAGAUGUGCAGCAGUCUCUGCAGGAGCUACAGGAGGAGAGGGAUUCGUUGGCAGCUCAGCUGGAGAUCACACUGACAAAGGCUGACUCGGAGCAGCUGGCGCGCUCCAUCGCUGAGGAGCAGUACUCCGACCUGGAGAAGGAGAAGAUCAUGAAGGAGCUGGAACUGAAGGAAAUGAUGGCCCGCCAUCGCCAGGAGCUAUCUGAGAAGGACAUCACCAUCAGUUCGCUGGAGGAAGCCAAUAGGACCCUGACCAGUGAUGUCGCCAACCUAGCCAAUGAGAAGGAGGAGCUGAACAACAAACUGAAGGAGGCAGUAGAAGAAUCCGAGAAGUCAAAGGAUUGGGAGCAGCAGAUCAGCCAGAUGAAGCAGGCAUUUGAGAAGCAGCUUCAGUCAGAGAGGACGCUGAAAACUCAGGCCGUCAAUAAGCUGGCAGAGAUCAUGAACAGGAAGGAGGUUCGCGGAGUAGGCAGUCGCCGCGGUAACGACACAGACAUGCGGCGAAAGGAGAAGGAGAACCGGAAGCUGCAGUUGGAGCUGAGGUCGGAGAAGGAAAAACUCAACAGCAGCAUCAUCAAAUAUCAAAGAGAGAUCAACGAAAUGCAGGCGCAACUGUCUGAUGAGAGCCAGAUGCGUAUUGAGCUGCAGAUGGCCCUGGACAGUAAGGACAGUGACAUCGAGCAGCUGAGGAACCUCUUGCAGGCGCUCAGUGUUCAAUCAAUGGACUCUGCCAGCGUCAGCAGUGGGCCCGAGUUUGAUGCUGAUGAUGCAUACGCAGAAACCAGGCUGGAGGGCUGGCUCUCUCUCCCUGUAAGAAACAACACCAAGAAGUUUGGAUGGGAGAAAAAGUAUGUUGUAGUGAGCAGCAAGAAAAUUCUCUUCUACAACAAUGAGCAAGACAAAGAGCAGUCCAUUCCCUACAUGGUCCUUGAUAUAGACAAACUCUUCCACGUGAGGCCUGUCACUCAAACAGAUGUGUACCGUGCUGAUGCCAAAGAAAUCCCAAGGAUAUUCCAGAUUCUUUAUGCCAACGAAGGCGAGAGCAAGAAGGAGCCAGAGGAUCCGCUGCCCAUUGGAGAGAAGUCCAGCUACAUCUGCCACAAGGGCCACGAGUUCAUCCCCACGCUCUACCAUUUCCCAACCAACUGUGAGGCGUGCACCAAGCCACUGUGGAACAUGUUCAAGCCACCGCCCGCCCUGGAGUGCCGGCGCUGUCACAUCAAGUGCCACAAGGACCACAUGGACAAGAAAGAGGAGAUCAUUGCUCCAUGCAAAGUGAACUACGACGUGUCUUCGGCAAAGAACCUGCUGCUGCUGGCCAUGUCUCAGGAGGAGCAGCAGAAGUGGGUGAACCGACUGGUCAAGAAGAUUCCCAAGAAGCCUCCCCCGCCAGAGCAGUUUGCACGCUCCUCGCCUCGCGCUUCCAUGAAGGUCCAGCCCAGCCAGUCCAUGAGGAGGCCCAGUCGACAGCUCCCCACCAGCAAGAGCAGGUCAAAUGGCAUCAAAAUGCGACGAGAAGAAUCUCCCAGUGGACUCUGUUAACCUUGCUUGAGAAUGUGGUGCAUCGUCGUGGUGAUGGGGUGUGUGUCCUCCUAAAUCAAAGACUACACAAAGCUUCGUUUGCAGAUCAGCACACUGAACUCCACAUCACUUCUCCAUAGCCCGCCUUGUCGUGCUUCAGCCUGUGAGCGUUACAAAAUCUGUUUAUCCUUUUUGUCGAACUUCUUUCCCAGGCACUCAAAGCGGCAACGACUCUGAAAAUCACCUGAACACCUGUGGUCUUUUCACCAAGCUGGAUGGCUUGUAAGCAUAUUAGCCAAAGUCUUCUCUUGGGCCCUUGACUAGAGCGAUUAAGUGUCUCUGGGGGCCGGAGCAGCUCGUUCGGCUCCUACAGAACAGAAGAGAGCUCUUAUAAGUGGAUACUCUUACCUCAACACUUCUCUCCAAGACACACUGUCUGAUUGAAGGACCCAACAGGAAAACUCUCAAUUCCUCCUCACCACCUCUGGGGAUUCUCGUGGCCAAAUAAAGAAAAAGGCAUCCUUGUGUUUAAUGUUUGUGAACAAUAUGAAGGGUUUAAUGGGGAACACUACACUCAGAAUAUAGUAAAAUCUGUAAUUUGUUGGCUGUAUACAGCUAAGAUUGUUGAACUUGAUCCCAGAUACAGUAUCUGUACUUUGGCUUAUUCAGACUCUCUAACAUAUUGAUUGUAGCUUCUUGCUUCCUACAAUUCUGCUUUCAGGUGCACACGGGCCACAGAAACUUGAAUAAGGUACUUAAGCAAACCAGCUGUGACUUCUGGGAAAGUCCGCAAGGCGGGGGAAGGGGUGUCCAAUUCCUUCAGAAUUUGAGCAAAUCAUUCCUUGAGUGCCACUUAUUCAGAUUUCUGACUCUGGCACGUGCUGAAUCUCCAGUUUGUUGUUGUAUGACUACAGUAACGGUUACAAGUGAACAUAAUCCUGCUCUGAAUGGCAUUAGAUGGGGACCCAGACAUGAUAUCAUCACAAUCCCAUAAUAUUUCAAACCUGCACUGUCAGUUAUGAGGGUUAAUGUUUACUGAAUUCAAGGGGUGCACCGUUCAAUGCUUUUCUGAUCCGAGCUAUGCUCCUUUUGUUGUUUGAAUGUACAUCUGGGCUUUACCAGAGACGACACGCAGGCAUUGUAUUAUUUCUAUCCAAAUAUACUUGACUGAAGCCCCCUGUCAUCACCAACUACUCUGAGUGGACUUGCAUGUGUUUGCCUUUUCAGGCCUCACACUUUAAGUGCUGUCACACACAGGCCUUCACCUGUCAGAAAUGUAGUUUGUAGUAAUUUGAGGAGAAUUUACCAAUAAGAAGCAGGAACAAUGAAGGUAUGCAAUCAUAUCCCAAGGGUCAAAAUACUGAGCAGCACUAUUCCAUUGAACUUUUUUUUUUUUUUUUCCGUAAAGGUGUUUGUCCUGAUAUUUUUGUAUUAAAAGUAACCAAACUCUGAGUUUGGGCACAUUGUUGUGUAUGUGGCUUAAAUAGCAGGUGGAGAGUAACUAUUUGUGUGUGUGUGUGCGUGUGAGUGUGUGUACUGAGUACUCUCCUUUAACUAAGAAGCAUGUUUUAUACAUAUAAAUAUACACAGUAUAUAUUUUACAUGCCAUACAGUGCACAUUAUAUUAUUUAUAACAGCCUUGUCCACUUUGUAUUUAAGGGCUCUACAUCCAGAUUGCAUGUUUGCUACCAAACAGCUCUAUAACAAUAACUACGUCAACAAUAAAGACAUGGAUGUGCCUUUUG